AUGAACGUAGCCACUAAAAGACCGACAAGUAGAAUCAAACGAUUACACAACUAUGUUCUAAAACUAAACAUCUAUGGUGAUGAAAGUGAUUCAACACUCAUUGAUCAAUUAUUAUCGACACGAAUAUUCCUCCUUCUCUUAUUCAUAAUUCUGCUUCUUAUUAUAGUUUAUAUCAUUCUUAGUGUUCAAACUCAUUCGGUGACUAUUCAGUCUCCUUCGGAAUCCACUUUCACACGACUGUCUCAACAGUAUCCAAGCACACUUUCAUGUCCAUGUUCACACACAUCUGUUCGACAUGAUCGAUUUCUCUCACUCAAUCCUCAGUAUCAUCCCAUUUGUACAAGUCGAUUAAUUAAUCAAUCAUUUAUUUCAUUAUUAUCUUCUGCGAAUGUGAGUGAGUAUUCCAUCAUUGAUUAUCGAAAAAUGGCAACAUCUCAUUUUCAAAUUCUUGCUUUACUUUGUCGAACAGUUCGACAAAUGAUUGAUGAUUCUCUCAGUGAACUCCUCUCACAACAUUUCACUACUUCAGAAGUCGUCUCAAACGAAACAUUCAAUGCUCAGAUGAAUCAUCUUGUAGAACAAUUGAAAACAACAAAUAUUGCCAAUAUAAAACAUAUAAGCGAUUUUUUGUGGUUGAACAUGUUCUACAAUGCAAUUCUUUCGGGAUUGGGAACAAACUUUUACGCUGCAUACGCAUCUGGUAACACUGCGAACUACACCAUUAAUACUUAUUUUGAUUUUUCAAAUGCAAGGUGCCAUUGUCAUGGAUCUAUUGAUUGCAGUGCACAAGCUGCAAUCAGAAAGUUAGUACCGUCUAAUGCAACUGUAAAUCCAACGACGGAUGCGCAGAAUCCAGUCAAACUCUUUAACAUAGCUGGUCUAAAAGUUGGUUGUCUGCCAUACAGCUCAUUACUUCAAUCGAAUCUUGAAUGUUUCUUCAAACAGUCAUGCAUUAACCGAAUUCAAAAGUACCUGCCUGCAUUAGCCUCCGUCUCUCCGCUCUCUGCUCACUCUCGUUUCCAACAAAAUGCCACAGUCGAGCAUCUUCUCGAUCAACUCUUCAUCGAAUCAUGGAACCAAAUCAAUAAUUUCACUGCUUAUUUUCAGAGUUGUUCUCCUCACUCAUGCACAUAUUCAUAUGAUCAACGAUUCAAUAUUCUUUAUGUCAUUGUCAAACUCAUUGGUAUUUUUGGUGGCUUGAAGAUGGUGUUGAAGUUCUCUGCUCCACUCAUUGUCAAACUUAUUCGACGUGUUCAAACGUGUCGAUGUAUUCGUAAGACAGUGGACAAAAAGGAAAUACCUGUUCAACAAAGUGUAAAGCAGUAUCUUGCAUCUCUUGUACAGAAAAUAAAAACAAAACUGAAGACACUGAAUCUGUUUCCAUUGAUAUCUGAUGAAACAGAUGGAUUGUAUUCGACACGACUCUACAUCAUCUCAUAUAUCAUUGGAAUCAUCGUGUUAGUCUUGUAUACUUCGAUAUCAGUUCAGAUGCGAAGUAUCACUGUACAUGAGCCAAGUUUGUCCGAAUACGAACGAUUGUAUGGUAAAUAUGGCAGAACAUUGAUCUGUCCAUGUCGUCAUCUGUCUGUGUCUUAUUCUUCGAUUAUUCAUCUCGAAGCCGAAUAUCAUCAGGUGUGUUCGAGCGAGUUUAUCGACGACAAUACUUGGUUGUCAUAUUUUAACAUGAGUAUUCGUUCCUUAUUUUCGUUGGAUUUUCGAAUGGACGGUUCAAAACUAUUUCGCAUACUUCAGUCAUUAUGUCGAUUAUCGAAUGAAACAGUGAGAAAUCAACUACGUGUAUUUAGUGAAACGGAAUUCAUCAAUGCACAUGUUGUGUCAAGAGAUACGUUCGAUAUUCAAACAUCCAUUCUAAUUGAUCAAUUGCGACAACAGACUCUUCACUCAUUUCUGACAAUGUUUCAACUGGUUCGUGUAUCCAUUCAGCUGAACCAAUUUAUAGUACUUGGUAACACAAAUUCUCAAAUCAAGCGAUACAACAACAACGGUACUCUAAUAUGGCGAUCUGUGCCAAACAAUUACUACGACUCUAACUGUUCAUGUGGCCAAAGCCCAACAAUCUAUCCGUAA